AUGAGCGUAAAUAUUGAUAACUCUGGAAUUUUUUCAAGGCUUCAGCUUGCAAGAGCCCUCAAAGAAGAUCCGAAUAAUCCAGAUAACGACCCUCCAGAAAACAGUGCUAUUUUUUUACGUCAACGUGCAAGAAAUUCUCCAGCACCUACUGGUCACUUCUACAUACCACGUCCGGCAAAUUUGCUUACUCCCCCCAUUUUGGCUAAACUUGAAUCGCCACAAAAUGACCUUCAAAACCAAGGAAGAGGUUUACAGCCAACACCAACUAUUACAACUAAUAACUCUACUGCUUUCGAUGAUAGGCGUUGCAGUCUAAUUGGAAAACCCGCUACAUUGUUGGAUGUAAGAAAAUCAAUGUUGGAUACCCGACAAAGCAUUCACAAUAUGGUACCAUUCUCGCCAGCUUCUAGUCAUAGAACUUCUUUAAUGCUUCAACAGCAUAAAUCUCUCCCCGAUUUAUCCACAACCGCUAAACAAUCUCAUAGAUUAAGCAAUUUACCCAUAAAUAAUUCUAAUUCUCGACCAAGUUCAUCUCACAAUCCAUCUUCACGUCCAACCUCAUCUCUUAAUCCAUCUUCACGUCCAACCUCAUCUCUUAAUCCAUCUUCACGUCCAACCUCAUCUCUCAAUCCUUCUUCACGUCCAACCUCAUCUUAUAAUCCUUCUUCACGCCCAACUAAAUCAAAAAAAACUUUUACUCCUCAAGAUUCUGAAGAGGAUAGUAGUUCUGAGUCAGAAAUUCAUAAAAAACAAUCUGAAGUUCUUUCAAAAGCUAAAUCUGAAAAAUCAAAAAAAAAUGUACUAUUAAAGUCUAAAAAUAAAAUAGGUGUAGAUAAUGAUUCGGAAUCAUCCGAUAGUUCAACGGAAAAAAAAAAUAAAUCAUUAUCGAAAAGUAAACUUGAAAAAGUCGAAGAAGAAGAUUCGGAUGAUACUGAAGAAUCUAUGGAUGAGGACGAAGAUUCGGAUGAAUCAGAAUCAGAAUCCGAAGAUGAUACACCUCUAGCUCUCAAGGUUACACCAAAGAUUAAAGUUGCUCCACCUAAUAAAGUUGUAAAGAAAAAUGGUAAAAGAGUCGAAGCUUGGCUUGACACAGUCUCAAAUCCAGAACCAGAAACCAAUAAACGAAACCGUCGACCUCCAUCUGCAUAUAACCCAACCACCUCUAGCCCGCUUAAUCCAAUGGGAUUUGGCUAUCGAUUAUCGCCUACACCAGAACCUAUUCCAAUAUCAGAAAAUCGUCGACCACAUUCAUCCACCGAAGACUUUUAUAUAUCGAAACCACAAUUUCAACAAAGAAAGAGGGCAAACAGCGAGUUUGUACCUAAAGGAAAUAAAAACAUGCCAGAACAAUUAUCACCACAAUUCACGCAAAUUGGCCGCGUUUCACCUAGUCCAAGACAAGAUUCGGGAUAUUGGGCACGAGAUACAUUAACGGCAUUAUCAGAGGAUUUUCGUCAUUUGAGUUUAAUGAAUGACUCAAGUUCAUCAAAUAGUAACAAUUCGCAAAGUAAAAGUGACAGUUCAAGUGGUUUAAUGAAACAUAGGGAAAAUAGCAGCUUAUCAUCUUUUGGUAGUCGAUCACAUUCACCACAAGUCCCUUCUCCGACUUUACGUUAUUCACGGUCAAGAGAUUCGUUAUAUGCCACAAAUAAUAGGCAAAGUUAUUAUAUGACUAAUAAUAUUAGCAAUCGAAUUAGUUCCGAACCCCUCUCAAGUAAUAAUAGAGUUUCUUAUUAUCCACCCCAGCAAAAGUAUAGGGUCCGUUAA